AGUGUUGGUCAUAAGUUGAAAUAUACGACGCAGACGAGAGCUGAAAGCCAUUACUCACCUUUUCUCGUUGCCGCUUGCAGAGAGAGGACUUCUUCCAGCGCCUUGCUUUUGCAGGCAGUUAGAGAGACGGAUCGGAGAAGAAUUUCUUGCGCCAUAUUCAAGAAAUCUCAACAGAUGAGUGGAGCGAGUUCCAUGAUAGAGGAGUACGUAGGUACUGCCCAAUUGUAAGGGAUUGCUUUCCUAAACCUCACUCUGAUGCAGAUGGAGGAAGUGAAGCUAUUGGGAUUCUGGGCUAGUCCAUUUAGCCACAGGAUCACAUGGGCUCUCAAAUUAAAAGGUGUAAACUACGAGUACAUAGAAGAGGACAUAUUCAACAAGAGCCUAUUGCUUUUGCAGUACAACCCAGUUCACGAGAAGAUCCCAGUGCUUCUUCAUGCAGGAAAACCCAUUGCAGAGUCUGGCGUCAUCCUUGAAUACAUUGAAGAAACAUGGCUAGACAAGUGUCCCUUGCUCCCAAAAGAUCCUUAUGAAAGAGCCAUGGCUCGAUUUUGGAUCAAAUUUGCAGAUGACAAGUAUAUGGACUUCUAUUCCUUUUUCGGAAUCAAUGAAAGAAGUAUGGAGGAUCAAGAAAUGGCUGUAAAAGAAGCAGUGAAAGUGCUAAAGGUGUUGGAAGAGCAAUGCCUAGGGGACAAGAAGUUCUUUGGGGGAAAUGCUAUUGGAUUGGUGGAUAUAGCAUAUGGAUGGUUAGGUCACUGGCUAGGAGGCUUGGAGGAAGUGAUGGGUGUUAAACUAUUGGAGCCAACUAAUUUCCCUCGCCUAUGUGCGUGGGUUAAGAAUUUUGGGGACGUUCCUGUGAUCAAAGAAAAUCUCCCUAAUCGUGAAAGAAUGUUGGUUUACUUCCAAGAGCUUAGGGAGAAAUCUGUUGCUGAAAUUGGUGGUCAUAUUUAACCAAUCAAUGUCGAUCUACCUAUCUACAUUUGUUGUCUCAUUGUUUUUCUUAUAACAAUUCUAAAGUUUUAAAAUUUUAAGUUGUAAAAUGUGCUCCAACUCGUUCUAUUUGAUUAUAUGUUCUUUCAUGUCUA